AUAACUCUAUGUCAUGGUGGAUAUGACAGAAUCACAUUGAUCUGUUGUGAUUUUGCAGAGUUAGAGUGUAGCUUUUGGAAAAUCACGGUAUAUCACCGUGAUUAUGGCAUCCCACCGUGGUACCAUUACUAAACAUAUAUGCUAAGUCUGUUGAAUUUCAAAUGGGGUAGGAGAGAUAAAAUCAUUGAAUAAAACAAGCAUUCAUACUUGAUCACAUUCGGUUGACAAAAUACAGAAUAAUAAACCUUUUUUCUUUGAAAAAACAUCGUCUGCAUAUAGUACCAAGUUGAUAAAACUAAUCACCUUUCAUUUCAUCAUAUUACGAUGGGUUGAUAACAACUGUAAUUUACUUUGACUUUUGAAGGUUAAUUUUCCUUGGCACCAUUCGAAGUUACUGUACCCAAGGAAAAAACAAGAGAGAGAAAACACAAUACUAGGAUGAUAUACACAAGAUCCCAACAGCUUACUACCAAUAUGAGAUGAGUAAAAUGGCAGAAACUGCUGUAUUAUUUGCUCUUGGGCAAGUUUUCCAAUUCCUAAAAGAAGAAACAAAUCUGCUGAGUGGUGUACACAGAGAUUUUUCAGACAUCAAAGAUGAACUUGAGAGCAUUCAAGUCUUCCUCAAAGAUGCAGACAGAAGGGCUGCGGAUGAAGCAGACACCAACGAUGGAAUAAGAACUUGGGUGAAGCAGCUGAGAGAAGCAUCAUUUCGCAUUGAAGAUGUCAUUGAUGAAUACCUUCGGUUGACCCAUAGGGCCAAUCGUCCCAGACGCGGAUCUUUAAUCUUCAAGAUUGCAAGCCUAAUCAAAACUUUGACUCCCCGUCAUAAAAUUGCAUUAGAGAUUCAGGACAUUAAGUUGUCAAUUCGUGGAAUCAAGGAAAGAAGCGAGAGGUAUAGCUUUCAAACUUCACAUGAACAAGGAUCCUCAAACAGCAGGAACAGUAGUGGAGAGUCAGAAAGUGGAAGAUGGCGUGAUCCUCGGAUGUCUUCCCUCUUUAUUGAAGAAACAGAAAUUGUAGGAUUGGAAGGCCCAAGAGAAGAAUUAUUUGGUUGGUUAUUGGAGGGUGCAGCUAAGCGCACAGUGAUAUCAGUGGUAGGAAUGGGGGGUCUAGGAAAAACCACUCUUGCCAAACUAGUUUAUGACAGCCAAAAGGUAACUGCAAACUUUGAUUGUCGUGCUUGCAUCACAGUUUCUCAAUCAUACACUGUGAGAGGGUUACUGAUAAAAAUGAUGGAGCAAUUUUGUCAGGAAACUGAAGAACCUCUGCUAAAGAUGUUACACAAAAUGGAUGACAUGUCACUGGUAAUAGAGGUAAGGAAAUACCUACAACAUAAGAGGUAUUUGAUAUUCUUUGAUGAUGUAUGGCAAGAAGAUUUUUCCGACCAGGUUGAAUUUUCCAUGCCAAAUAACAAUAAACGUAGUAGGAUCAUAAUAACCACAAGAAUGAUGCAUGUUGCAGAUUUUUUCAAGAAAUCCUUUCUAGUUCAUGUUCUUAACAUGCAACUUUUGCCUCCUAACAAAGCAUGGGAACUCUUCUGCAAGAAAGCAUUCAGAUUUGAACUUGAUGGGCAAUGUCCACCAGAGCUUCAGUCCAUGUCUAAAGAAAUUGUUCGAAAAUGCAAGCAGCUACCUCUGGCAAUUGUAGCCAUUGGUGGUCUAUUUUCAACAAAAUCUAAAACAAGAACUGAAUGGCAAAAGGUGAGUCAAAAGCUAAACCUGGAGUUGGGACGUAAUGCCCAUUUAUCUAGUCUAACAAAGAUUUUGUCUCUUAGUUAUGAUGGCCUUCCUUACUACUUGAAACCAUGCAUUUUGUAUUUUGGUAUAUAUCCUCAAGACUAUUCUAUUAAUAAUAAGAGAUUAACACGGCAAUGGAUAGCUGAAGGGUUUAUUAAAUCUGAUGAGAGACGAACCCCAGAAGAAGUUGCAGAGGAGUACUUGUCUGAAUUGAUUCAUAGAAGUUUAGUUCAAGUCUCAAUUGUUGAAGGGAAAAUUCAAACAUGUCAAGUCCAUGAUUUAUUCCAGGAAGUUUUCAUUAAAAAAAUGAAGGACUUAAGUUUCUGUCAUUGUGUGCAUGAUGAUAGUGAAUCAAUCGCGGUUGGAAACACUAGACGCCUAUCCAUAGCCACUAGUCUCAACAAUGUGUUGAAGAGUACUAACAAUUCACAUUUUCAUGCUAUUCAUGUUUUCGAAAAAGGUGGACCGAUGGAGAAUUUGAUGGAUAAACUGUGUUCACAGCCUAGCAUUUUGAAGGUACUUGACAUUCAAGGUACAUCGUUGAAUCAUAUUCCUAAAAAUUUGGGAAGUCUUUUUCACUUAAGGUACAUAAACCUAAGUUAUACUAAUGUACAGACUCUUCCUAAAUCUGUUGGUGAGCUAAAGAAUUUAGAGACAUUAGAUUUAAGAGAAACACUUGUGCAUGAACUACCACAUGAAAUAAACAAAUUGGAAAAGCUACGAAACCUUCUUGUUUGCCAUAGUAACUACGAAGGAAAUUAUUCUCUUUUGGGCACAACUGGUGGGAGGAUGCAAAAAGGUAUUAAAAACAUGACUUCCCUACAAAAUCUUUAUGAUGUGGAGGUAGAUCAUGGGGGCGUAUAUCUCAUUCAAGAGAUGAAAAUGCUAAGGCAGUUAAGGAGGUUAGGCUUAAGGCGAGUAAGACGAGAACAUGGGAACGCCUUAUGUGCUGCAGUAGCAGAAAUGAAACACCUUGAACAUCUUAAUAUCUGUGCAAUAUCUGAGGAUGAAAUACUUGACUUGAACUGUAUAUCAUCCCCACCCCAACUUCUGCGGCUACAUUUGAAAGCUAGACUACAGAAGUUGCCUGAUUGGAUUCCAGAACUUGAGUGCCUUGUUAAGGUAAGACUGAGUUUUUCUAUGUUGAAAGAUAAUCCACUGCAGUCACUGAAAAACAUGCCGAAUCUGGUGAGUCUUUGUUUGUGGGACAAUUGCUAUGAUGGUGAAAUUUUUCAUUUUCAAAAUGGAGGGUUUCUAAAAUUGAUGACACUGAAUCUCCGUUGCUUGAAUAAAGUUAACUCCAUUGUUAUUGACCAUGGAAAUUUGCUCUCUCUUGAACAUCUUACACUGGAAAAAAUCCCCCAACUGAAGGAGGUACCCUUUGGCAUCAAACUCAUGCAUAAACUCAAAGAUAUUCACAUCACUGAUAUGCCAGCUGAAUUUGUUGAAAGCAUUGAUCCAGAUAAAGGGCAAGACUACUCGAUUAUCAAGCAUGUUCCUCUUGUAUUCAUUCGUCACUCGCAUGGCCCAAACUUAUUCGAUUAUGACAUCCGCACUAUUCACUCGUCUUCCAAGGAGUUAUAAUCAAAUUGAGAAUGCUUGAGUGUCUGGCUAGAUUCAAAAGAUGAAGUAUCAGGUUCUCCUUGAUGCAGCUCAAAGAUGACAUAUUUCUUUAUAUGGUGCUUCAAUUCAAAUAAAAUCGUUCCUUCGCAUCCUGCAACAAUCAAGAAAAAUGUGGAUUCCACGUUGGUUUUACUUUUCUAUUUCUGUCAUUUGUGGUGUAUUAUAAUUUGGAUCCAUAUCUGGACUCCAUUCAGACGUCGUUUUGAUAUUUCUUUCCUACUUUUGACAUUUGUGGUGUUUAAGACUGGUGGUAAUAAUAAUAAUCAAAACUACUUCAUUCAAAUGAA